AUGUCGAAACAGACAUACAGGGUCUGCUUUUGUUUCCAGCGACGCUUCAAGCUCGCCGCGUCCGAGGCUCCGGCGGAGAUCAGGGAAUUGUUUAAUCGGUAUUCGGAGAAUGGUGUAAUGAGCGUCGAUCAUCUCCGUAGGUUCUUGAUUGAGUAUCAGAAAGAAGAAAAGGCCACAUUAGAGGACGCACAGGCGAUUAUGGAUGGCCUCAGUGAGUUGAUGCACCUCAAUGUUUUUCAUCGGAGGGGUCUGCAUCUCGAGGCUUUCUUUAAGUAUCUGUUCGGUGAUAGAAACCCUCCUCUCUCACCUUCUCUUGGGGUUCACCAUGAUAUGACUGCACCAUUGUCUCAUUAUUUUAUGUAUACCGGCCACAAUUCCUAUCUUACUGGAAAUCAACUAAGUAGCGAUUGCAGUGAUGUGCCAAUCAUAAAAGCAUUGCAUAGUGGUGUAAGAGUGAUCGAACUGGAUAUAUGGCCGAAUUCCACAAAGGAUGAUGUGGAUGUUCUUCAUGGAAGGACACUGACCACUCCAGUUGAACUCAUCAAAUGUUUGAGGUCUGUCAAGGAGCAUGCCUUUGCUGUGUCCGAGUAUCCUGUUGUAGUAACUCUAGAAGACCACCUUACUCCAGAUCUUCAGGCUAAAGUGGCUGAGAUGAUCACUCAAACAUUUGGAGACAUGCUGUUUUCCCCUGGCUCAGAGUGCUUGAAGGAGUUUCCCUCCCCAGAAUCUCUGAAAAAGCGGAUUAUUAUAUCAACUAAACCACCUAAAGAAUAUCUUAAGGGUAAAGAAAUUAAGGGAAAAGAGAGCGAUGCACAGGAGGGAAAGGAUCCAUCUGAUGAAGUGGCUUGGGGGAAAGAAGUACCAGAUCUUAGAGCUAGCAUGGAUGGUCCUGAUAAGGAUGAUUUGGAUGACGAAGAAGACAGUGAGGAUGAUGAAGAUCCUACAUUGCAGCAGACUGCAGCUCCAGAAUAUAAGCAAUUAAUUGCUAUUCAUGCCGGAAAGGGAAAGGGUGGAUUAACAGAUUGGCUUAGGGUUGAUCCUGAUAAAGUGAGAAGGCUCAGCUUAAGUGAGCCACAGCUUGAAAAGGCUGUAAUAACUCAUGGAAAAGAUAUUGUCAGGUUUACCCAGCGGAAUUUAUUGAGAGUAUACCCAAAGGGCAUACGCUUUAACUCAUCCAAUUAUAAUCCACUAAUGGGGUGGAUGCAUGGAGCUCAGAUGGUUGCAUUUAAUAUGCAGGGUUAUGGAAGAUCACUUUGUUGA